AUGAGCGGCUAUCUCUGGAAAUUCUACCUCGAAGAUGACGUCGACAAUUUCCGGAAUGUCGUCGCAUCCACCACACAAACGUCCCGCGUCGCCGCACAGAGGAGCCAUGCUGGUUGGCAGAGCGGAGCGAGCGGCGCUGCCGUGAACAGCAGCCCAGGCAGCUACAACGCUUCACCCAUGCUGGGCGCAAAGGCGCGCAAGACUGCCAUGGGCCCAGGCCUGUCUCUGACCCGCUCGGACAUCAACAGUCGGGAUUCGGCAGGCCUCACCAUCUUGCACCAUGCAGCCUCGUCAACUUCCGACACUGCUGUUGAGUUUGCGCAAAUCCUUCUGGAGCACCAGUGGACCGAUUUGUACAUACAGGACGCAGAGAAUGGAUGGACGCCCCUACAUCGAGCCUUUUACUUUGGCAACAUCGCCAUCGCCCGCCUCAUCUUGAACCGAGACGCCCAGGACAUUCUCGGUCAGGGACACGGAGGCUUCAAUCAGCACGCCCGUGGCUUGGUCAAGAUCAAGGACAAGGAAGGCUAUGGUCCCCUCGACCUGUUCUCCAUGACAAUCAAGGACCGAACACUGCGCCCGGAAGAAGCCCCCAUGUUUGACUCGGACUCGGACGAUGAAAUCGCUCACGGCGAUAGCGGCGACGUGGACGACGAGACGCGCAGACGACUCAUAACCCCCUCGGUCCUCCUUGGCGGUGAUGAGGUGUACACUUUCGGCAGCAACAAGAAUGUAACCCUCGGUUUUGGCGAUCAGGAUGACCGAGCCUUUCCCGAGCGCGUGGUCUUGCGCAGGCCAGACCAUCUGCUGCAGCGCUUCUACAAGGAAGACCGAGAGAGACACCAUCAGUUUUGGACGGCGAUGGGAGCACCUGUACAAGAUACGGGGUUACGCACGCCCAAGGGAACUGUUGAUCUUCCAACACACAUCCGGAAUACCCCUAUUGUCAUCCAGGAUGUGCAGAUGUCUAAGCUGCACACCGCCGUUCUGACAACGGACCCUGUCUCCAAUCUGUACAUGUGUGGUCAUGGCACCGGAGGACGCUUAGGCAUCGGCAGUGAGACUACAAGCUAUCAAUUCACCUGCGUAGAGGGCGGUGGUUUGGGACAGAAGAAGAUGGCUGCCGUAGCUUUGGGACAGAAUCACACUCUCGCCAUCACAGAUGAGGGCGAGAUCUUCUCAUGGGGCAACAACGCCUUCGGCCAGCUGGGUUACAGCUUACCGAAGCCGUCUCUCAAGGACGACGAUCCAAUCUCGACCUCUCCCCUUCAAAUCUUUGGCCCCUUGAAGCGUGAGGCCGUCAUUGGAAUCGCAGCCUCGCGGAUCCACUCCGUCGUCCACAGCGCAACGUCCCUAUACACUUUUGGUAAGAACGAAGGGCAACUAGGUAUCGUCGAUUCGGACGCUCGGUCUCUGGACAUGCAAGUGACCCCUCGUAAGAUCGCCGCAUCUCUGUUUUCAUCGCCUAUCGCCUCCGUAUCGGCUACUGAUGGUGCUUCGAUUUGUAUGCUUGAGAAUCGCGAGGUCUGGGUCUUUGCCAAUUAUGGCUACUCAAAACUCAGCUUUCCGCUGGAUGGUUUCACGAGCAACUUCCUCAAGGAGAGCUGGCUCACAACAAGAUACGACACUGCGCCGAACAGGAUCCAGAAAAUAACAUCGGGCGGCGACACGAUAUGUGCUUUGUCGACGUCUGGCGAGGUAUUCACCGUCGCGGUGAGUCGUCGCUCGGACAAUGCUCAGGAUGCAAGCACAUCGACGACCAAUCCCAAACAGAUCCGCAAAGCCCUAUCAGCACCGUACCGUAUCUGGUCAUCGAAGAAAAGCCACAUGGCGGCAAGGGAUGUCGAUGUGGAUCAAGACGGUUCCAUCAUCUUAACCACGGAAGCAGGUACGGUCUGGAGGCGUACCAAGCGAGCUACGAUCAAGAACGCGAAUGCUACAGCUGCUGCGGAGUCCAAGCCGAAGGACUACAAGUUCCAGCGUGUCUCAGGCUUGACCCGCGUAGUCGCUGUCAGAGCGUCUGCGUUUGGUGCCUAUGCUGCGGUGCGCAAGGACUGCGACGUUACACGGAAUCAGAUUGGCGUAGACGAGCCUGGUCUCUGGGAGGACCUGGCGCCACUACUCUCUUUCUACGACCUCUCGAAUUACGAAGAGUCAUCUGACGACGAAGAGCCAGUGCCCAGAUAUUGGAACCGACCUGGUCAAUCGCAAGCUCUUCACAAGCGCGUGCUCAAGUCGAAGGACCUCGAGAAGGAGGUUUCGGACAUCUUGGAACAAGCGUCCAUGACUUCAGAGAACACCUACGACAUGGUGAUUGGAAGCACGCUUUCGGACGUUCGCAUCCCCGUUCAUGAGUUCAUCAUGUCCGGCCGUUCUCGUGUCUUCAGAGAUGCCAUGCUUGAUUUCCGUCUCAAGGGCUCUGAGCUCGUCAUUCCUGAGCUACUGACUGUCAGCAAAGACGGUAACUCGACUCUUGCCAUGUUUCAGGGUCUAGACUUCUUGACCAUCUUCGAUCUGAUUCUCUACGCGUACACUGAUGCAAUCGUGGACUUUUGGAACGUUACUCGGCAUGCGCCUACACUUGCGUUCCGCUACCGUUCUGUCCGAACAGAGCUCAUGAAAGUAGCGUCUCGACUGGAACUGCGGCAGCUGGAACCAGCCGUACGACAGAUGGUCAAUCCUCGGCGAUCGCUCCAUGUUGAUUUCGAACUUGCAGUGAGGGAGCCUGCUUUCUUUGAGAGCGGUGAUGUCAUCGUCGAUCUUGCUGACGGCGAAAUGCUGCUUCACUCUGACAUUGUCUGCCAGCGAUGCCCCUUCUUUGAGGGUCUGUUCAGAGGUCGCGCAGGAGGGCAGUGGCUUUCAGGACGACGAGAGGGCUCGGCACCCGUACGUAUUGACCUCACGAAUGUCGAGACGCAUCUAUUCGAGCUUGUGGUUCGCUAUUUGUACACCGAUGCCGGCGAGGAGAUCUUCGACGACGUCACAAGUGAGGAUCUCAAUGAUCUGCUUGCGCUGGACGAGCUGUUGGAUCUAGUUAUGGACGUCAUGUCCGUUGCCAACGAGUUGAUGCUUGAUCGCCUGUCGCAAAUCUGCCAAAGGUUGAUCGGUCGCUACGUCAAUGCGCGCAAUGUGUGCUCGCUGCUCACCGCCGUGGCUCCUAGUUCUGUUGCUGAAUUCAAGGACGCAGCUCUGGAGUCCCUGGAUGAACUGGAUGACGACCUUCUUCUGGAAUUGAACCAAGUUGCGCAUGAAAACCAACUCGCCUACCUACCAUUCGCAAGAAGCGGACGUGCGGAAGCUCUACUUUUUGAGCAGUACCCUGAGCUCGCAGAAAGGAUUGAGCGAGGCAAACGGGCCAAGAUCGAUGCCAUCGUACUCUCGAAUAAAUAUGCGAAUGGGGAUAUACCCUCAGCUUCUUUUAGGGCGCAAAGUCUAGAAGAAGUUUCCGCUUCGCCCUUGCGCCAGCGCAAUCGAAGACGAGCAUCGAACCACGCAAAAAUCGAGGCGAAGAGUCCGGCUCUAGCCCCACAGCUCAAAGGCAAGAGCUCAGUUGCAGAUCUCAUGUUCGAGAUGUCGGACGGUGAAGAUGAACCACAUGAACCGGCGGAAAGAAUCAAACCUCCACGUUUUGCGGAUGGAGAUGAAAAGUCCAACGACCAGGUGAUUGGCACGCCCGACUCACCAUGGCCGGCUGCGAUCAAGCAACGACAAUCAAUUGUUCAAGGCAACAUCGAAGAUGGUUUCAUAUCACCUGGUUCCCUGCCACCCAGCGCACUUUCAGGAGCAAGGACGUCAAGUCAACCCUGGGGUACAGCUCCUUUGGCUAGCGCAAAGCUCGAUCUCAGAGACAUCAUGGCUCAAACCUCAAGCGACCAGCCAUCUGGUCUAGCACUUGGUCUAGCACGAGAAGCACGCGAACGUGCUCGCGCUGCACAACCGAAGAUGUCGCAAAAGGAGCGCAAGCGACUUCAGCAGGCCCAACAGCAGGGUAUUAAGAUUGAGGCUGCGCAGCCAGCACCACCUACCGUUUCUCCCUGGCAAGCUGCAUCGCACCGGAAGUCGGACGCUAGCCCUGUCGUCGCUCCCAUCCCAGAAAAGCCGGCACCACUACCACAACCAUCUCCACAAUCCUCACCACAGCCGUCGCGAGCUCAAAGUACACCUCAACUCACCAUGCGCCAGACGAUCGCCAAAGGCAAAGGCAAAGGGAGGGGUAGAGAUAAAGACACUAGCGCACAAGACGCAUCUUCUCCAUCUCGGACUGCCGCCUCUGAACGCGGCAUGUCCGUGUCAACGACACCCAUUCCAACGCCCAUGUCCGUCCGACAUAUACCCCUCCCCUCUCACUCUCCCUCCUCACCGAGCCAAAACCUUAGCAUGAUGGAGAUUUUGUCACUUCAAGAAGCCGAGAAGACAUCGAUACGCGACGCGGCAGCUAAACGUAGUCUGGAGGAGAUCCAACAAGAGCAAGAGUUCCAACAAUGGUGGGAAGCAGAGAGCAAACGCGCGAUCCAGGAAGAAGAGCAGCAGAAGCGGGCUGCUGAGCGCGCCGCAAAAGCUGCUGGAAAGGGUAGAGGCAAGACCAGGGGUGGCGGCGGCGGCGUUUCUCACGCCACCCCCGAUACUGGCGGACGACCACCGAAGAACAAGGAGAGUAAGAAGGAUGCGAGGAAGAGCGGAGAAACAACCGACAGCCCGCGGAAGGACAAGUCCGCGCCAAAGCCGCGAGCGCCGAAGACACAGAAUGCGGAUGUCCAGGCGGCCGGCGUACGAGCACCCAACCCUCAGGCCGAUGCACCCACAGGGCCCAAAGCAGACAGUGGCGGCCGAAACAGAGGUCGAGGUGGAAAUCGCGGUGGACGCGGUGGCACAGCGAGAGGUGCGAGGCUGUCGGGUCCGCCUCGAGAUGUGCAGAGCGCGCCUGCUGUUCCUGCACAGCAUGUGUAA